UUUAAUGAAAUUAAUCUUUCUACAGUUUGUUUUUAGUGUUUUGUAUCUAAUGUAUUCAUUUAUUCUGAUAUAAUUUCUGUUCUUAUUUUACUGCAGGUAUUCUUCUUGGUUGCUGAUGAAACAGACAAGGAUAAUGUUUAUAUAGUCUGUUUUAACAUGAAAAAGGAGAAGAUAACCAUCAUUGAUUCAAUUGAAGAUAAAACUAAGGUGUAUGAUACAUGUGUUGAAUGUUUGAAAAAGGGAAUGUGCGAGUCUUUCAAUGAAAAACAACUUGAGCAAAAAGCAAGUAAAAUUUCCAAAUUUCCUUUUAAAAUAACAAAGAAGGCAUGUUAUGGGAACAUGGAAGGUAUGGGUGUUGGUGUCAUAGCCAUGAGGCAAUUGGAAACUUUCAAGGGGAUUUUGAAUACGUGGAAGAUGGAUUUGAACAAAAAUGAUGUAAAUGGAUUAAGAAUGCUCUGUGCCGUCCGAUAUUGCUACGAAAUGCUCACCUCUGAUCAUAAUCAACUUACCGUACAAGUGAAACGGAAAGUGGCAGAAUAUGGCAAGUUUAUCAACUAGGAUAUGUGUCACACUUGGACACAUAUAGUGACAGUUUGAUUUUUUGCCUAAUGUCUGAUUUGAUUAAGUUUUAGCAAUUUGAUUUUGGGUUAUUAUGGUGUUGAGAAAACAAGAUAUGAUUUGUGUGGAUAUAGGACCAGGUUAACAUUUUGGGUUAUUUGCUUCGGUAGGUGUCAAGCAGUCUUUUUGAGUCUUUGGUUUUAGUUGAAAAUAAAUCUGUAUGCAGAUU